AUGUUUUCUUUUUUCUUCAGAAAAUGGUGAAGUUCACGACAGCCGAGAGCCCUCUGCGACGAUGCCGUCUGCAAGAUGGAGAUCCUUUUCCAUCAUUGUCUGUGUUUUGUUUGCAGUACGUUUGUCAUUCCCCUCCUGAGUCAUGGUCCAUUCGUCACUUGUCACCAUCUCCCAUUUCCAUCUCCUCUUCGCAAAUAGUUCCGAGGUUGGUACCUCCUCGGGGACGUCGUCUGUCCAUGACUGCUGGACAGUGCGCAAACCAGUUGAUUCACAGUGACGUGAUUGUACUAGAUGCAGUGUCAUCAGAACAGAUGAGGCAGCGUCCUCUCUGUUCAGGUACAAGGGCCAGCGUACCCGUCAAUUGGGUGGAUUCUGAGAAAAGGUGCAAACAGUCGGAUAAACAGGCAGAAAACAGUCGGGAUAAAGAGUAUGAACAGAGCAUGGCAAAACAGUCUAAAGGAAUCAAGCAGUGUCUUGAGAGAUAUAUGAGUUCUAUGGCCAGCGUGCCUGUUAACAGCUUAGCUGGAGACUAUGAACAGAGUGUGGUGAUACCAGUUGGACAUUUGAAGAACCUGAACCGUGGUACAAGAGCAAAGGUAUGUGAACUGAGACGAAGAAGAAUUCACAAGCUGACCAGGAAGAGGGUUUGUAAUCAGCGAGCUAUGAAAUGGCUGAGUAGUUUGCUAAAGAAGAAGCCCUGUGCAAGAGGUAACACUGGAAAAGAUGUAUGUGAUGGGUCUGGCAAGGGAUCAAGAAAGAAGCAGUUCAGGAGACAUGCACCAGUGAUGAUGUGGUCAAUCAGAGCCCUGUGAGAGGAAUGUGCACAAAGGACAGCAUCCAGGACAAUGAAA